UGACUUGCAGUGGAACUGGUCGUGCGCACCAAGUGAGAUCACACGGUGCCUCAUUUUCUCUUUCUCUUGCUCCGUCUCUCUCUCUCUCUCUCUCACACACACACACACACACACGCAUUUUCCAGUAGAACACACAACAUCAUUUUACUGUGCCAAGGUGGAAUAUCUGGGGAAGCAGCUGAAAACAAUUCCUCCUCAACCAGGGAAGUAGAAGGGGAUCCGUUAUGAACGGAACCAUUGAAGGACAUCCUGUUCAUGAAAAAGUAAGUUCUAAUCAGAGAAGGAUUUGAAUUCAUCUCUGAUUCUUUAAGACUCGGAGGAAUUUUGCCCUUUUUUUUCUCCCCCAUUUUCUUGUGGAGCGACACCGAGCUUCAGACAGCAGCUGAUUUUGUGGACUACUGGGUUCUGGAUGGUAUUUUAAGGCCGAAUCUGUGUAGGAACGUCUCCGCUCUCAUGUCCUUUUGCUCUGUUCCAGUAUGAUCCUGAAGUGACUGACCUGUGAAGAGAGUCACGUGGGGGAGUGUUUUCAAAGGACUUCUGUGCUUCUCUAAGAGUGUAUGGCCAUCUGACAUUGGAAAGCCCAGCAGAUAAAAGACCGCAAAUAGGAACGACCACAGCAAAAGAAGAGAGGAAAGAAUAGGCCAUGGCUGAGGGGAUGAUUGCUUCUCAAAGUGAACCGUGACAGAAUGUUCGAGUGUAUGAGCAAAGUCAUGCUGCACACGGUCAUCUCAUGCUGGCAACCAUUCCUGGGGCUGGCCCUCGUGGCUGUCUUUGUGGGUUCCACCCUAGGAUGUCCCUCACGCUGCGAGUGUUCGGCGCAGAGCAAAGCAGUUGUCUGUCACCGCAAGCGCAUGCCAACUAUUCCGGAUGGCAUCCCAACAGAGACCAGGGUCCUGGACCUGAGCAAGAACAAACUGACAAUGAUCAACCCUGACGACUUCAUUGUGUUUCCUGGGCUUGAGGAACUUGACCUCAGUGGAAAUAUUAUCAGUUAUGUUGAGCCCGGAGCGUUUAAUUCUCUUUUUAACAUGCACUCACUCAGUCUCAAGAGCAAUCGUAUCAAGCUCAUUCCCCUGGGUGUCUUUGCAGGUUUAACAAAUCUUACCCGACUGGAUAUAAGUGACAACAAAAUCGUCAUCCUCCUGGAUUAUAUGUUUCAGGACUUACACAAUCUGAGGUUUUUGGAAGUGGGCGACAACGAUCUGGUUUACAUUUCUCACAGAGCAUUCAGUGGACUUUUAAGCCUGGAAAUACUAACCUUAGAAAGAUGCAACCUUACAGUUGUACCUACUGAGGCCCUUUCCCACCUGCAUAACCUUGUCAGCCUCCAUUUGCGUUACCUCGGCAUCAGUACCUUGCACCCUUACUCAUUCAAAAAGUUGUUCAGGCUCCGGGAAUUAGAAAUCGAUAAUUGGCCUUUGCUAGACCAUGUGCCAGCCAAUACAUUGCAUGGCCUCAACCUGACCAAGCUGUUUAUAACAAAUACCAACCUGUCCUCCUUCCCUUAUCAAGCCAUGAAGCAUCUGCCCUAUCUGACACACCUCAACCUGUCCUUCAACCGCAUCAACCACAUUGAAGGGGGAAUGCUAAUGGAGCUUGUUCGUCUGCGAGAGCUUCACCUGGUUGGUGCUCAGUUAACCACGAUUGAGCCGUAUGCCUUUCAAGGCUUGCGUGGUCUUAAAGUUCUUAAUGUCUCUCACAACCGACUGGAUACACUGGAAAAGGGUGUUUUUCAGUCUCCAGAGGCUUUGGAGGUUCUUCUGAUUGAUAACAACCCGUUAGUGUGUGACUGUCGUCUAAUGUGGAUCCUACAGAAACGGCACUCCAUUUACUUUGGGGAUUCGCAACCGGAGUGCAGCACACCUGAAGGUAUCCGUGGCAGGCCUUUUAGGGAGUUUAAGGAGACUCUACUGUCAUAUUACGUCACCUGCACCAAGCCAAGAAUUCGUGAGAAUAAAACGCAAACCAUCACUGUGGAUGAAGGCCAGCAGGCAAUGUUGCGCUGCAGUGCUGAGGGGACACCAAGACCCACUGUGUCCUGGCUGUCCCCUCGGCGGCGAGUUCUGACAAGUAGGAGCCAUGGUAGAGUGACCGUCCACAACAAUGGUACACUGGAGAUCAAGUCAGCAGAGGUACAAGACAGCGGAGUGUACCUUUGCCUUGCAUCAAACACUGCCGGGAAUGACACCCUGAUGACCUCAUUGGCAGUGAAAAGCCUGGGAUCUCUGUAUGCCAACAGGACCCAGUACUACACAGAUCCCAGCAACACCACUGCCAAUGCGACGACUGGUGGCACCCUUGGCUUAGACCUAAAGACUAUUUUAGUGUCAACAGCAAUGGGUUGUUUUACCUUCCUUGGAGUGGUCUUGUUUUGUUUCCUGCUCCUUUUUGUUUGGAGCAGAGGAAAAGGAAAACAUAAAAACAACAUAGAUGUUGAAUAUGUGCCACGGUCAAAGUCUAAUGGCACUAACGUGGACUCGGCCGAGGGACAAGCUGGUCCUCGUCGUUUUAAUAUGAAAAUGAUGUGACUUCUUAUGUGGAUUCAAAAUUCUGGAUUGUGGGAAUGCCCAAAGUACAUUGUAUUUUUUUGCAAAUAGGACUAUUGAACUUCCCAGUGUUACAGGGAGAGAGAGAGACUGUGAAAAGGCUUGGGCUCUCAUUACAAGUUGAGCAGUAUCAUAAAUCCCUGGAUCUUCAUGAACUGCAAGGAAUAGUUGGACAUAAUGUUAAGCAACUGAGAGCGUACUUCUUCAACAAGGAAAAGAAGUGAAAACUAUUGUCACCAAGAGGACCUUAAGGGAGCAGUGUCACUUAUCAGCUUUUUGAAAUUUAUAUGCCCAAAAAGAACCCUUCAGUUUUGGGUCGGAGCUACAGACUGCUGAACCAUGUACAGUACAAAUUUGUAUCUGAGCUAUUAACCUACUUUGUUUAGUCUUGCGCCAUGCUUACUCACAGAACAAAAUCAAUGAAACAGACCAUAAUUCCCUAUGUUAAAUACUUUGCAUAUGUGUACCUAAUGCUUCAUUAUGUACACAUGUAUCUGCAAAUUAAGUCAAAAGAACUAUUCAUAGCAAUAUUCAUGGGAUGCAUUAGCCAAAAUUGAUAUAACCCCAUGUGUUCAGACUUUCAAAGUUACUAUGGAUUAAGGAAGGGCUUUUAUGCGUGAUUAUCUGUCCCUGCUCACCAAUUGACUCCUUGACAUUAAUACAUAUAUAUUAUUUAUCAAUGAAAAUAGUAGAAAAAUAUUUAUGAAAAAUGUGAAGUAUUUUACAAAAAUCAGUCCUUAAACACUGUUCGAGAUCUAACAUAAAGCUUGGAUCAACAUAAUGAUGACCCAUUAGCGGUCAGCGUACCUACAUGAACCACCUUUUGUCCUAUUUUUGUCUCCUUUUAUUCCUUUAAAUGUACCUUUGCUGGUUGGCAAACUACAUGUGUCAAUUUUACUACAGUGACAUUUGCAUCAUUUUCCGCAGUAGAACAUUUGGACUUUGUUGUGGUAGUUUCUCAUUUUGUUGUUGAAUCAUUUAGAUUGUGAAAACUUUAAAAGUAAAAGUUAAAAAAAAAAUGUAUGUGAAAUAAAUGAAGAUGUAUUUGUAACAUUGGGUUGACUAUAAAUGUUGUUACAUAAUGCGAUCUGUUUCUCUUUAACUUCACUGAUCACUCAUUGUCUUGGUCAUACUGCCUACACAACACUUAUACACUAUAGGUCUCGGUGUCAUGGGUUCCUUUGCAACACAAGAGAGAUGAAGAGUAGCUUUAGGUUUUCUUUGUUUGCAGCUCAAAAGAUCUGUUAUCAGGUUCACAUUAUCACUUAUCAGCUAAAAUGUAAUAAAUGUGUUUAUUUA